CGCCAAGCCCUUUUGUAACGGUCUGCGUGAAAUCAGAUAGAUGAUCACGAUGGUAAGACAGAUGUAUAUCUGUCACGUAAUAGUUGUCACUCAUCCACAAACCGUUACGACAGGGAAAAAUGACUUAUUAUGAAUUAUUAUUAUCUUAUCGGGCGAAAAAAAGCCACAAAAAACACUAAUUUUUCAAACUAAAUUUGUGUCCAAGGGAGUAAUCGGAUAGGGGAGUGUUCGCGCCACCACCUUUAUUUGCAUUGAUUUUACGUCAAGCGCAGUAAUAUGGGGUAUCUCCAUUUAUGGAUGAACAUUUGCCUUUCAAAAACUGAGUAAGAAUAUGAACGAUGUGCCAAGGUGCUUGGGAUUUAUAAAGAAUAGAAGUAAACCCACGAACACUGAAAUCAUCCAGUGGCCAGACGAAAAACUUAAGUGUACCUGUUUCUAAGCCAGGAUGCUGCUGAAGGUGGCGUGUUGCGCCCUCGCGCUAGUAUGUGUCAGCGCCGACAUCUACUUACACAACCCUCGAGGAUCAAAUAACCGGUUGAACGAAAAAUCCGCCAACCGUAAAAAUGCUAACAGGGGGUUCGAUUCACAGAACAAUAACAGAGGAGGUUAUAACGUUGGGGACAAGACAAGCCAAGCGUUCGCCACCGAGGAUGAUCAAUAUCAAAUGAAAUAUUUCCAAAGUGGAGACGACCCAGAGGCGUCACCUAGCAACCUGGUCGUGGAAUGGACCAAUCAGCACGGUUGUGGCGGAAGCGAGGACGAUGACCCUCACAAGGUCAACUGUAACCUCGUGCUACAGUACAUGUGUCAGCCAGCUGACGUAGAACAAGGCGAACUUCACAGGAUCAGGGACGGGCUUACCACGAACACGCAAGGUUACACCCGCCUAACAUCACUUACCGAGGACCGCGCCACUUUCGAAGCUCGCAGAGCAGGGCAAGUGAAAGAAGAUCGAUUUCUUCAAGAGCCAUUUGAGUGGUACGACAAGUGUUUUGUUCGGGAGAGAAAUAAAGGUCUUUUCACCGCUGAUCAGGACCUGCGCAGAAACAACGGUCUGCGUGUCAGCAGCGCCAUCUACACAAGACAGAACAGAAAUGGCCAAAGAAGAGGCUACGAGUGCCCCGAGGAGAGAGAUUACUACCCAUACUGGCAUCCCACACCGUGGAAGGAUAUCGUUGUCUUGGCAGAAAACGCUAGUCUGUGCGAUACACAUUACAGAAGCAAGAGUUUCAACACCCAUAAAUACGGAGAGUGUGUUGAGGGCGGCCGCCAUUUUUCCAAAUAUAACAACCCCGAUGCUUGUACGAAUGCUGGACACCAGUGGGUAGAGUUCUCCAACUAUCUGGAAAUCUCCACUGAGGAUAACCGGGCAGACUGUGAAGCGGCAGGUCGCGUGUGGGCAGUACCAUACGAUGCAGUCACUGGGACUACGGAACAGAAAUGUCUCGUCCCUCUACCGGAAGUCGACUGCAUGGAGGCGCCAUGGUCAAGAGUUAAUCAUAAUGGUAACGGCAAGGACGGUGUGCCACUCAACUAUACUUGGGUUUUGCCUUACUUUCCUUCCGGGAAAGAUCAAAAAUGUGUUUUCAGAAUAAGGUACAACAUCACCACUGACGAUUACGACCCCUACAACACCGACUCGACAGAGAACGGCGCCGCAAAUUCUCCGGUCACCAACAACCCCAAUGUGGACAUCGGCGCCGACCUCUCGCCUCUCCGCCUGAAUAUAAACACCGCCCAGUUCGGCAGGGUGUUCCAGGACCGUUCACACGCCUUCAUCCUCAGAUCUCGCCCUGCAGAAAUACAAGGGACGCUGCACAACCUCAACGUCCGCGGAAAGAGGGGAAACAUUGUGCAAACGUACCCGGCUGUGGAGUACGAUUUUAUUCCCACCGAACUACACAUGACUGAAAACGACUUGGUGCACGUUCAAUGGACAGAUUUUCCAGGCUCUAACACACACAACAAUGGCGCCCCUGGCGGCGACGGCCAGACGGGUGAUGCGGGACAGGGCAAAGCCGGCACAGACAGACAUAACUUUGUCGAACUUUUGGACCGGAACCACAACUUCCCCAAGCCGUUCGAGCAGUCGACCUUCUGGCAGAAUGCAGAAGUAAAAUGGAUAUACUAUGGCAGCACGGCAUCAACAGCUAAAGGUCUUGCCUUGAAUAUGGCUACUUCUGGAUAUUAUGAAUGCGAUACGGAUGAUUGCAGCGGCGUUGUUGGGAACAAGGAUGAACUUAAUGCCCAACUUGACAACGCUCCGGCUUCUUACGAAGGUGUAGUGCUGCGUCUGAACCAGGGCACGUAUCACUACAUGAGCUCCCGGAAUAACGCCUUCACCAACAGAAGUCAAAAGGGGACCGUCCACGUGCACCAGGGUUGAGGCGGAGGGAACGACUAGAUCGGCUCGUUUUAUUGCGUUUAGACAGAGUGGCUGAAGUUGCGCAAUGAAGAAAACAAUUUAAAAGACUCAGUGAAAUAUGAUAUAUACGCUAUGUAAAUGCACUAGCACACAGUACUGUUUACAGCUUCUCCAUUUUGCCUGGAAUUAAAUUUUUUAAUUCAUAAUGGCAAAAUCGAUGCCAAACCGCCAUUCUCUCUCUCUCUCUCUCUCUCUCUCUCUCCAGACACGAUGCAUUUAAUUGCAUUGUUAAACACACAUAAAGAUAAACCAUUCUAAAAGACCAAUUGAGUGCAGGAGUAAUAUAGGGGUUAGAAUAUUAAAAGAGCAUAACGCAAUGAGGUCCGGCCAUUUUGUCUAAACGCAGUUUUAGCGAUGUCACUUUUGUAUACGAAAGGAAUAGGAGAAAAAAGUACAACGAUCUUAGAAGUCGAUAAACUAUGAAAACAUGCUUAAAUACACUUUGAUGCCAAUAUUAACGUUACAGAAUAAUGCCAUUGGUAUUUGACUUUAUCUGCGCUGUUAGGUGUUGAUUAUUGUUAACCAUAUUUGGAAUGUUCCUGAACAUUCGGUUUAAUAUUUAAAAGACUUAUUUUGAUAAAACAAUGUUAUUUCUAAAUUUCUACGUUUUUAUUUUAGAUAGGUGAAAUUUGUUAUAAAAAAUAAGACUUUUGCGAAUGGAGAUCGAUGAUUUUGCUUACCUAGUUCUACAUCCAAGUCAAAUAAGGUCACCAUGGUCGUUUCCACUUACAUCGAAUAUGCAUGCCAGUACUUGAAUAAAACUCCUACA